AUGUCCAUACCGGCGCACAUAGUUCCAAGGCAAACUAGCGAGAAGAAGGCCGACCGAGAUCGAGCUGUGCUUGCAAAACAGCUGCUACUUGGACGUUACCUCGACCCAUGGGGUCCUCCCGACAUUGUUUGGUGCCAUAGCCACACGCUGGUAGGGAGCACUGAAUAUGCCUUUGGCGGCCACACCAACGACGACUUGGGUAUCACGGCGCUCAAGAAGCCGCUGUUUGAACUCCGCGGGGAGGCGGAAGCGGCGGUGCGCUCCGGGCAGGAUGAUGACGGCAGUGCGGCCGCCAAUUUGGAGUGGAUGCCGACGCUUCGGUCUCGCGUUGUGGUUGGCUGGUGGAUGGCACCCCUGUCACAUUUGGAGUUAUUGUUGCGGGAGCUGCGGUUCGAUCGAGUAAUCCCAAAAGGUUUUUCUGUGCGACAGGAGUCUUGGAUUGGCUCCACAUACCAGUUACUGAGCCGCAACUGCAACCACUUCGCUCGGGCCCUUUGCGCCGCCCUGCUCCGGAACCCGCUCUUCAAGCCCGCUCCCGGCCACAGUCGGCCCAAGGACAUGGUGCCAGAUUCCGUCACCCGUCUGCCCGCCCUGGUGCUGGCGCUGGGCCGCUGCGUGCCUUUUGUGGUGCGCAGGCUAGACGCGCCGUUACCGUUGUCAUCUCAAGUGCUGAACACGUUUCAGGGUCAGGGACGUAAGGCCCGAUAUGAUCUCGGCCCAUCAAGAGCGAGUGGGGCGCGGGGCCGCCACAGAAGCAGCAGCGAAUCCAAGUCGCCGCCGCCGCCGCAGCCCAACGUACGGAUCAGCGCUAGCGGCGCUGCGGCCGGCUGCGGCAGCGGCGGGGUGGGUGUACAGCCGUCGUUGGAGUGGGCGGCGGCGGGGUUGCGCAUCGGCAGCAGCGGUAUGGCUAGCGCCGGAAGCAUAGGCCUUGCUUCCGGAAGUGAUGUCAACGUUGGCUCGGCAGCGGGUAUGCCGCCGCCGGUGGCGGCGGCGGCCGCCGCAGCAGCGGAAGGGCGACUGUUGCGUCCGCGUCUGGAAGGGAGGUACCAAUCGCUGCGCAUUGAAACGGCGCAAAAGACAUUGACGGACCGCCCUUCCCGAAGCAGUUGCCGCCGCCGUACGGAAGAUGGUGGCGGCGGUACGGAUACGCCGGCGGGCGACAGCACUGGAUGCUCAACACCAGACCUGGCGGCAACCGCCGCCGCCGCCGCCGCCACGGCCACCACUGACAAUACCCGCAGACAUCUGCAGACAUCCGCGGUCUGCAGCACUCGGCUCGACUGCAACGGUCCUCUUGGACAGACGAGGACGCAAAGAGAACAUGCGCCCGCUUCGGCAUUUGUGUCAGUAGUGGCGGCGGCGGCGGCGGUAGCGGCGGUACCUGCGGGAGCCCUGGCGGGGUCCAACCCGGCAGCAGGAGCACCUGACGGCGCCGUAGGUGCUGCCAACACGGCCGCCGCGUCCACCGUGGCCUCGGAGCCUGUAGCGCAAUCGCAACACACAACAGCGGCAUUAUCUCUGUUGCUGCCACCGCCAGUGAUCCUGCUGGACGCCGCCGCGUCUCCCGCUUCCGUCGCCGGCGGGGGAGGCAGCGGAGGCGCCUCCGCUGCCUCCGCCGCUGCUACCACACCGCAACCGCAACGCAGCUCCGCCGGACCUAGGUUCCUAAGCCAAAGCCGUAGCGGUAGGCGUGUGUUUCCAGACCCGCGGGUCGCUCACCCAGGUCUGGAAGGCGGCGCCGAUGGCGCGCAUGACUCCAUUGCCGCGCUCACAAGCGAUAUCGACGGAGGUGGCGGCGGAGGCAGCCUGUCGUCCAAGGCAGCGAAGCCCGACAACCCGUCGCUGCAAGGCCUCCCCGGGAGCGAUCUGGAUGUUGCGGGAACUGCUGACUCUUUCUUGGCACAGGCGCUGCGGCCGUACACCAGCACCGGUGCGGCAUCACAAGCCGCCAGCCCGCGCCAGAUGCCGUUACUGCCGUCGCGCUCGCCUCACCAACAUCACCAACAUCACCAACACCACCAACAUCAACAUCACCAACACCACACACCUCGCUGCUCUGGCAAUGGCAGUGGCAACGGCCCACAGACUUCCGGACUACAGCCCAGGUUAGAAGCAUCGCCAGCUAAACUGCCGCCGCCGAUGCUGCUGUCCACGUUAGGCACUCCUGUCAGUCGCUCGGCUGCUGAUACCUCCGACGGCGCUGCGGCCACCGGCACCCCGACCGUGUACACCGCCGCUGCCGCCGCCGUACAGCUGUCAGAUCCUUCCGAUCCGCCGCGGCCCUGGAGCGUUCUCUCCGGAGGUUUCGUGGAUUUGCUCUUCAGCCCGUCGACGACGGAGCCGCCGCCAGGUGUACCGCACCCGGUGGCAGUCGGCGGUGCGGGGUCGGGCGCCGGCGGUGGCGGAUACAGCCGCCGCUUCUCAUCAUUCACCGGUGACGGAGGCGGCAUGUUCAGCGCCACCUCGAACGGUACUGGUUGUGGCGGCGGCGGCGGUGGCGGCGGGCUGGCGACCGUCAACAGUGGCGACCUGAGUGAUGACGCCGCCGUGGAGCAGGACCUACAAAAGCCAGUCGCGCGCACGCGUGCCUCCACGGGAAUGCUGGGCACGUUUGGCGGCGGCGGCAGCGAGGCGGUGGGCAACAGCGGCGGCAGCGGCAGCGGUACCGCCACCGCGGUCGGGUUCGGCAAGAUGCCGAGCAUGGGGGCGGCAGCUUCGGUCGCCGCCAGCCCUCUGCGUCCUACGGGCGCCGCCGCCAGCCGCGCCAGUGGCGCCAAGGUGACGGCAACGGUACCCGGAGGGGCGUCCACGGGGUCGGCAGCAGCAGCGGUGGCGGCCGUGGCGGACGGCAAGUCGGCGAUGAGGGUGAAGGACAUGAACACGCCCCUGGAAGCAGUUGCAACUAAGGAGGACAUCAAGGUGCUGAAGGAGGACAUCAAGGAGCUGCAGCUUUACCUUUUUCUGCUGUUGGCGGGGAUGCUCCUGAGCGUCACACUGGAGAGCCCACUCAGGACCAUCACCGCGGGUCUCUGGAAGAACGCCAGCACCACCUGCUGCUACCUCUCAUGGAAGCUGACGGUGUUAGCGGUCCACCCUGGCCACCCGAGUGGGACCCGGCAGCAGUGUCCAAGGCGGGACGUACUAACCCAAAACAUGGAGUCGCCCACGAAAAUGACGCUGGAGUCCCUGGUAGUGCACACAGAGUCGCCAAUUGCCUUUAGAGCAUCCCGUGCUCUCAUCGCUAUCAACCUGCUACGGGCGGAAGUGCACCAUGGGCUGAGAUCCAACAAGUCAUUUGAGGGGAACCUGCAGCAGCUGACAAAUCAGCGAUCAAUACUGCCAGACAAGGACCCGCUGCUGUCUCGUCUAGACGCCGCCAUCAUUCCUCUGGUGGAGAUUCAGCGAGGAAUGUUCGGAGGUGGCCCUUACGAUAUCUCCAGCGAGCCUGUGCCCCAGUCGCUGCUGCCAGCACAGAGCUUGCUCCUUGACCUGAAGGAGAGUAACCUGAUCCAUGAGGUCUCCGCACUGCUCGGGGUGCCCUACUUGUCCGAGGCUCCCAGCAUAGAACCAGUCAAGCAAAUCGAGGGCAUCCUCUGGGGUCCGGUGAACCGGCCACUCGUCUGCAUGCCGGUGCAGAUAUGUGGCAAUAUCAUCAACGUGUUCCUGCUCGUCGACACCGGCGCACCUGUCACAGAGUUCAGCCCGAGCAUGUUCACUGCACUUGGUUGCAACUCUGUGUCCGUGGCCGCCAUGGUGAACCUCAAAGGCUGCCGCCGCACACAAGUGCAGCUUUGCGACCAUGGUGAGCACAGCAAUCACCAGGAUAUCCCCAUUCUUGGGGUGGACUUCAUGAAGCGCAACAAGUGCCUGCUCCAGGUGGACUACCUCAACGAGACGGUGACUAUCCACUUCCAAUAG